AUGUUUUUGAUUGAACGGGCACUCAACAUAUUUUCAUUCGUAUAUACAGUUGAAGCUCGUCAUCAAGCUACCGAAGUGGCAUUGGGGGUGGCAUCAAUGGUUUCUAAUUCACAUAAUGUCACAUCAGCAAAGCCCAAUAACCCAAGAUUUAUUCCAAAUAAUCUUCAAACAACAAUACCUGCAUCAAGAUUAGAAUUUAACCAACAAGAUAAAACAAUUUAUAAGAUUCCUUCUGAAGGUCCACCUUUGCAAGGAAAAAUACAUACAAUAUCUGAACAAUGGACUACACCUACUGGAUCCAUAUCAUCACCCUCGUCUCUUAAAACUCCAAUUCCUACAUUAAAAGCACCAGAAUCCCCUAUAAGUGUAACAAAGGAGUUAGUUGGGCAAGCAACCUUACAAUAUGGUCCUACAGUGAGUAGUAACUCAUCUUUUGUAAGUCAAACUUCCCCAUCUAGAGCAAUAAGAUUUAUUCCGAAUAAUUCACCUAAAACAGUCAUCCCAAAUGAAAGAACAAUAAAAUAUCAAUAUUAUGCGACAAAUCCGUCUAUACCAUCUUCUUCACCCCGUUAUAUACGUAUAAAUAGCAAUUUAGUGGAUCAUUCAGUACACUUAACAAGAAGAAACAAUGAAGGUGUGAAUAUCUGGAAUUCUACUACUGGUUCAUCCAGUCCUGAAACCUUUAGGGCUGUAUCUCCAAAUUUUCAACAGUAUCCAGUACAGAUACCAAAAGUAAAUUUACAAUCACCAGCUCCAGAUUUAAUUAAGGGAGCUGUGAAUCCUCAAUUCACAGUUGUACCAAAUCCAUCUAUUAAUCAGUAUUUGGAUCAUAUAACUACAAGAAAAGCUGUAUCCCCAAUGGAGACUUUAAUUCUAGCUUCUCCUUCAUAUAAAAGAAAUGUUGUACCUAAUGUCCGCCAUUUCUCCAUUAAUACUGUAGUUCCUCAUGCUGCUAUGCAGAGUCAAUCUAAAUAG